UCUGUUUCCAAGGAAACCGACUAAACUGCUAACAUUGAUUGGUAGCUAGCUCGGGGUUCUCUAGAAGACAAUUUCAAAUAGCUGCGUUUCAGGACUUUGCCAGUCCCACACAGCUGCUACCAUGGGGGUAGCGCUGACCAGAGCAGCGCAAUGGACCACAGCAAGUUCUGGGACUGGAAAACUGGAGAUCACUCCAGUCAACGAGUCUCUGCUGAAAGAGAUCCUGGAGUUUGUGGAACAGUUCAGCUCCAGACACCCUCAGGAGGCCAAGCAUGUGUUCAAGGAGCCGUUGCAGUGGACUACCUCUUUGGAGGCUUCUGAUUUCAAAACCGAGUAUGACAUAAGUGGCCCCACUGUAAAGUCACAGGAAACAGACAGGGAUGGGCAUCCUAUGUUGCAGCUCACCCCUCCGAGCAUUUCUGUGCACAGCUUCAGUCAGCUGUCCAAAAUAGUGCAGCUGGCAACGGAUAAGAAGCUGAAGGAGGUCCGAGCUUGCCUGGAAGCCAACAGAGACCCUGUUGCGAAGAUGCUGGGACCUAGCUUCGCCACAGUGGAGGGGGAGGACAGCUCUGUGCUGCGUCUCCUGGAGGAGGUAAAGGAGGGGGACCAGGCCAAGGAGACUGAGAUCAAAGUGAAGCUGAUCAUCCUACUGCAGCAGCUGGACACUCAGCUCCUCAGCAGCUCCCUCAAGCAGAUCUCCCAGGAGGUUAGGCUCAGUCCUGCCGCAGUGAAGAAUGAUGUUGAGCUGCUGAAAAGCUUCUGCAGUGAAGGGGAGACAAGGGUGUUGACGUCUGUUCAAUACACAUCAGAUUAUGAGUUCACCAAUGGCUGUCGAACUCCUCCUUGGAGGCAGGUGCAUGGUGAGAUCUGCUACCUAGUGAUAAAGCCGUGUGACACUCAGCCCCUGCACAUCACCUGCAGCACAGCUGGAGUCUUUCUCAACGGGGGCAUAAGGCAGGAGGGUGAGGAAAAUGCCUAUGACAGAACAAGCGAUGUCUACAGAGACCUGGUAACCCUUCUGAAAAGCAAGUCUCCCCAUUUUGCAGAGAACAUAAAUAAACAGGUAGGGUUUCACGUGAAGCAGGUUGCGGGUUUUCUCCGACCCAGGCCAUUGGUCAAUUGGAAAGGCUUCGCCGAGGCACUUGCAGCCAAUGGAGGACACCGCUCGCCUGGCUCUCAAGCUCCAGAGUUCCAGUAA